CAAGAACUUCCUGGUAGCACCUAUAUAUACAUUGCACUGAAAGGUUUCAUUUGUGUGUUUUUGAUGCCUUUCUAACUAUAAACAUGCUUACAGUUUUCUCCCUAUUGGCUGUUUCUAUGCUGCUGCAGACUACUGUCAGUGGAUUGUCGAGAUUUGGCUCUAAUGUUUGCAGUGUACAAGUUUGUACAUGGCGGUGGGAAUAUCGAUGUGCUUAUCGCACAUGGAGUGGAGCUUGCUGCUACUAUAGAAGAGUUCAAGUGCAGUAUUACAGAACAGAUUACUUUUGUUGUAGGGGUUGGAAAUCGGAUGAUUAUACAAAUUGUAAUGUUGCAAUAUGCAAUCCAAGCUGUUUGAACAGUGGAACAUGCACAGAACCUAACGUAUGUUUAUGUCGUGAUGCAUACGAAGGUCCAAUAUGCGGUGGAGUUGGACAAUGUUCAUAUUUAAAACCAUGUUACCCUGGAAGUUGCUAUGGAACAUCUAAUUGUAUGUGUGCCGAUGGUUUUGCUGGGGAAGGAUGCCGUACAUUUGCUAACGAAACAUUAACUCCCGCCAUUAAUAGAUGCAAUGCUACCUUUACAUACCAUAACCACGCCAAGGAUAUGGACAUAUACACGUACUUCGGAGACGCGACACAAUUAGAUGAACCGUUUGAACUAUGGUCAAAUCAGAGGGAUUUUAAUAUUAUUGAGAUGACAAUGGAGGCCAUAUACGACACAAAUUACAACAUUCCGAUAGAGUUACCACCUAUACCCGACUAUGUUAGCAGUAUGGAAUUGGGAAUUACUGCUGCUAAAGUUAAAACAAAGCACACAAAAAUUUCAGGAAGUCUAACAUAUGAAGAAGAGUAUAUCUGCCCAGAACCGAAACCCGCUAACCCAGUUUUAAAUUCAGUUCUGACCUGUACUUUGAAAGGAACAAAUGAUAUACGAGUAGAUUCAGGAGAUAUAUUUUCUCUGACUUUUAGUGCUACAUCAGGAGGUUAUGUAAAGUAUCUCGAUCGAGACACCAACCAAAUAAAAAGUACACUCUAUUACACUGGAAAAACCAGGGAAAACUUCAUAGAUUUUAAGUUUGAUUAUGAGGUGCCUGUCCACUGCAUCAGCGAUUCAACUCCUUGUUUGGAUAAAUCACCACUUCGUUUAGAUGAAGAUAUAACACAGAAACCGAUAACCCCUCACUGGGAUGGUUGGUAUGAUGAACUAUCAGGCAUUUUGCGAUAUUCUGUAGAGUUAUGGAGAAUGGAAUACAGCGAGGAGAACAUGCAUCUACGAGAACCACUAAUUACAGACACAACAAACCCUGUUCCAGAUUACAUGCAGGAAGUAAAUUUUACAACACCUUUGCAAUUUCCAACAUUUGAUCCCUCGAAACCAGGCGUUUAUUCCUGUAUCCUUGAGGUUAGUGACAAAGCCAACAACACACAGUAUGCAAGAAGAUUUGUAAUAUUUGAUAAAACAUCCCAGGUGACAACAAGAAAUAAUAAUCCUUUGUAUUGCUCAUCAGCUUCAGAAUCGGCUAAUUUCACUUGGCAGACAUCUAUUAAUGAUGACAACGGACAAACUAGAAUUAAUAUCACAUGGAAAGAUCACUUUGUAAAUCAAGUGCAUGAAGAAGGCCAUUUUUUAAGUCCUGUUUCAAGCUAUGAACCCAGAUUGACCGACGGUGGUCGAAGAAUUGAUUAUAAGAAAAUAGAUCCUGCUUUUGACGACAAUGAAGGUUCCAGGACAAGAAAUGCCAUCUCAAAUCUUAAUAGCAUAGUACUUUUUGAAUUUGCACAUCAGAUUCCCCCAGUAAUAAUGAACAGUUUAACCUGGGAAAAUUUAAGUCUGACACAAAACUGGUCGCUAACAGUUGCAAAUAUCAGGGAUGGUGAUUCACGGCAAUUUUUUGUACGAGCCACAGAUAUCAUGGGCAGACAAACAAUCGAUAGUACAACAAUUCACUUUGAUUCCACACCGCCCAGUAUAUUUGAGUCAACCCUUUCGUAUAACAUAGGAGACGGACAAUACAAAUUUUCAAGCAGGUUCACUAUCAAAGCAAAUGACCAGGACAGUGGCGUACCUACGGUUAAAAUAAGAAUAGUUACAAAGUCUGGGAUUGAAAAAUACAAGCAUGAGUAUAAAAAUCCUGUUGUUUUGGACACGAGCACGUGUCCGUCCUGCUAUAAGGAUAGAAUAGGAAAUUCGUAUAGUGCAAGUAUGUCGUUUGAUAUCAAUAAUUGCUGGAUGGGAGUUGGAAUUGAAGAAACCAAUACUGAGAUGCAUACAUUGGAAAUAGGAGCAUACAAUGGAGCUAUGUUAGCAGCAAUGCAAAUAGAAAAUAUAGCUGACGUUAAAAGUUUAAAAGGAAUUCAACAAUAUUUUGGUGUUCAGAACCUAACAAUUACAAGCAUUUCUGAUACUAGUUUUCAACUUAAAUGGGUGCAACCGGAAACUUGUUACCAGCUUCUUGGAUUAAAGUUAAUGGUGAGCGAUGGCCAAAAUAGAACAACAGAACACAAAAUUUUUAAAUCUGCGAGAACAGUUUAUGUUGGGAACCUCAAUCCAUCAACAUCCUACACGUUUCAAAUGUUUACAAAAUAUGGACCCAAUGAGGACAACUUUGGUAUGAGUGAUCCAGUUGGAAGUUCAUUUUCAACAGCAGCUAAACGGGAAUCAUCUUUAUCGCCUGGUGGCAUAGCAGGCAUCGUUGUCGGAUUUCUUUUGCUUAUUGUAAUUUUCAUUAUCAUACUGAUCUUAUUGCACCGAACUGGACGACUAACGAAGGCAAAGGAACAGGUUAAUACUGGGUUUACCAAGAUCAGAAAUACCAUUAAACUAAGAGACCCGGAAACAAAAUCGGGUUAUAACAACCGAGCAUAUUCUGGAGUAAACGAAGAUGAAUAUUAUAUAGAAGGUGGAAUACAGAUCUCAACUAGCUUAGCACCCUUGUCACGGAAGUCAAUAUCACUGGAGAGUGAAAUAACUCGUGGAAGAUUUGCUAUAAUUUAUAAAGCUAUUUAUUAUGGUAAUAACAAGGACGCUGAGACUGUUGUUGCAAAGACUCUUAAAGAUCAAGCAAUUGGUGAUGAUCUAAAAAAGAUGAGGACAAAAAUAAAUUUCUAUGCAACAAAAGUUGGCCAUGACAAACACGUACUUGAUUUUAAAGGAUUUGUUGAAGACGAUGUUCGAGGGCCCUUCAUGGUGCUAGAAUUUUGUGAAAAUGGAAGUUUGAAGGAUUACCUCAGAGAAAAUAAAUCAAGAGUCAAUGAUGACAUGACGGAGAGAUUGUAUCGGAUAUCAUAUGGAACUUGUAUGGGGAUGGACUAUUUAGCCUCAAACGGGAUUGUCCACAGAAGACUUGCAGCCAGAAACAUACUUCUUAACUUCUUGUUAGAACCAAAAAUAACCGGAUUUGGACCGGACCCAGAUGCUGAUAAGGAUAAUGACGAUUCCUCUGAAAGGAUUCCUGUGAAAUGGAUGGCUCCUGAGUGUAUGUCAAGCACAAAGAAAGCCACUGAGAAGAGUGACGUUUGGUCUUAUGGAAUAGUCCUGUGGGAGAUUUUCUCUAUGGGCGAGACCCCAUACCCUGAUAUAAAAGGCCCACGUCUGCCAGACUGGCUCAAACAGAAUAAUAGAAUGGCUAAACCGGAAUACUGCGAUGAUACGUUUUACAAAAUGAUGAAGAAAUGCUGGCAGUAUGAACCGAAUAAGAGACCAAACUUCAAAAAGUUAAAUACCGACUUAGCCAAGAUGUUUUCUGAGGGCCCCGACGAAGAGUAUUAUUACAGAUCAUCUCGAAUCUACGAUAACAGAACAUAGUAAAAGACGUUUAAUGAACUUUAUAUCCCGUGCAAGAUUGAUAAAUUACGAAUAAUUGAGAUGUACUCCUGAAAAAAGAUAGCCCGACAUGUGAUAUUUGAUAUACACUAUGAUAGUAUGGUUAUUUUAGAAAUGAUAGCUUUAGACUGUUUAACAUGUUUGUCAGGAAUUUUACCUUAUUCUAGAAUAAAGCAUGAAAAAAGUAUGAUAUUCUAUAAACAUUUAAAGAAAUCAUCUUGUAAAUAACUUUUGUAUAUACAAUAUAUCAGAUCAUAUUUUAUAAACUAUACAUAUGCAGCCAUUGUUCUGUGAUUAACAUGUAUACUAACUACCUGGAACUGCUCUCAUGUCGAAUUAAACUGGACAGUUAUGCUUUAAUUUUAUGUCCCAUCAAAUACAUACACUCAUAAAUUAGCUAUUGAGCAGGGUCGUUAUAGAAAGAUUGAGUAAAAUAAAAGAAUAUGUAAAUUUUGUUCUUUAAAGUCAAUUGAAGAUGAAAUUGAUUUCCUGAUGGAAUGUCUAGCAUUCGAACAACAACGACAAGUUAUUUUAGAUUCUGCUUUAAAAAUAUGUAAUAAUUUCAAAAUACAGAAAACAGAUUUGUUUUGCUUCUUUCACGUGAACAUGAAGAAAUAAGCAACACUGUGGCUUUGAUUUGUUAUAAAUGUUUUACAAUAAGACAUGAUAUUGUUAAAUUCAUAUUAUCAUAAGUAUUAUCAAUAUCGUUUCUUUACUUAUGUGUAUUUGUAAUCAUUAUAUGUAACAUGCCCUUUCUGGGCCAAUAAUUGGUUUAAUAAAGUAUUCGUAUUCGUAUUCCUAUAUACAUAAAAGAAUAUAUAUAGUAUAUAACAUGAAAUAUUUUGACAAACGUUGACUUGUAAAUAAAUAGAAGUUGUGUUAGAUAGGUUAGUCGUUUUUCUAGAAAUGAUGAGCGCACAACUAGAAAAUAUAUAAAUAGUACUUAGAUUUAAAAUGAGAAGAUGAUUUGUUAAACUUGAUAAAAUUUCAAGCUUUUGAAUAAUUAUUGUGUUUCAAGUCCAACAGGGAAAACAGUACUUUAUGCUUUGUUUUUUUUAUUUAGAUAAUCAAAUGUUGUAUUUAAUUUUUAGUAUGCAUUCAUCAAUAAAGCUUUAUAUAUGAGUUUA